AUGGAGACCUCGUGUCGAGCUCUCGGCAGCUUACAGCUAUGGAUCGAUUCCCUCAAGCCCUCCACCGGCCGGAGAACGCGUUCGGCGGAGUGCGUCCCGACCACGUCGCAGGCAAGACAGCAACAGUCCUUCUCCGAUAGGGUCUUCGAUCAGCUUCCCUCCAUCCAUAAGACUUCCACUGCGGGUGAUGGCGAUGAGGAGACGGUCUUGUAUCUGGGAUAUGGGUCUAACCUGAGCGCCGAGACGUUCAGAGGGAAGAGAGGUAUACGUCCGGUAUCGCAAGUCAACGUUCUCGUACCGAGCCUAUCUUUGACCUUUGAUCUACCGGGAAUACCAUAUUCUGAACCGUGCUUUGCAAAUGUACGCUACAGAGAGGUGACACCUCAGGAAGACGGAGACAACGCGAUAUCGAAAGACUACCACAAAGAUCAUUGGCGAAAAGGUCUGGUUGGCGUGGUCUACGAAGUGACCAAGUCCGACUUUGUGCACAUAAUUGCUACAGAAGGAGGGGGUGCAGGGUAUCACGACGUACUCGUUGAUUGCUACGCGCUCAAUGGAGGUCCAACGGAGGAUGUUCCUCUGAUGCCGUCAGGGCAACCUUUCAAAGCACAUACGCUCUUCGCACCCAACAAGACAAAUCGACCAGACCCUUCCUACGCGCAACCAAGUCCGAGAUAUCUCAAACUGAUAACAGAUGGCGCCGAAGAGCACGGGUUGCCUCUCGAAUAUCAAGCCUUCCUCCAUCAGAUUCGAACAUUUCACAUGACAACCACGAAGCAGAAACUGGGCUCAUUCAUCUUUCUCAGCGUGUGGUCUCCUUUCUUCUUGUUCUUUAUGGGUGGAGCCGCUGCAGUAUUCCUGAGACCAGACGGAACGUAUCCGAAGUGGUUUGCCAAGUUCUUGAAUGCUAUGUUUGAGGCAUGUUGGGCUAGCUACGACCACUUCUUCAAGGAGAUUUUUGGAGAUGGCGAGAGGACGAUAGGGCAGAAGGAUGAAAAUCAUGAUAAUGAUAUCGAAUAUAGGAGGAGUGAUUUCGUGCUGGACGAGAAAGAGCCAUUGAUUGAACGAUUUCAACAUAAAUACGGGGCAGUGAGUACGGUGGAACGAAUCGUAUGA